AUGCUCAGCACUCGGCAUCCAUUAUGAUUCGCGCCAACUGACUUGGGAGGAGAUCAUUUUAUUGAAGCUGAAGAGAGGGAAAAUGUUUAUUAAAAGCAUAGUAAUUGAUGGUUUUAAGUCAUAUGCUCACAGGACUGAAGUUGGCCCCUUUGACCCUCAGUUUAAUGCCAUCACUGGCCUAAAUGGAAGUGGAAAGUCGAAUAUUUUGGAUUCUAUCUGUUUUUUAUUGGGAAUUUCAAAUCUGUCUCAGGUUCGUGCAGGGAGUCUUCAGGAGCUGGUAUAUAAAGGAGGACAGGCAGGUGUUACUAAGGCGACAGUGACCAUAACGUUUGACAAUUCAGAUAAGAAACAGAGUCCUGUGGGGUACGACUCAUUUGAUGAGAUAACUGUAUCACGACAAGUUGUUAUUGGUGGACGUAACAAGUACUUAAUCAAUGGCAGUAAUGCUCCACCCACUCGUGUUCAGGAUUUGUUUCGUUCUGUUCAAUUGAAUGUGAAUAAUCCUCAUUUUCUUAUAAUGCAGGGAAGGAUUACUAAAGUUCUGAAUAUGAAGCCAGUUGAAAUAUUGUCAAUGAUUGAAGAAGCUGCUGGGACAAGAAUGUAUGAAAGCAAGAAAAUAUCUGCUCAGAAUACAAUUGUGAAGAAGGAUACGAAACUAUCAGAAAUUGAUAAGAUAAUUGGUGAGGAGAUCACUCCAACAUUAAAGAAGCUUAAAGAAGAAAGAUCAUCCUAUUUGGAGUAUCAGAAAGUGUCAAGGGAAUUGGAACACUUGUGCCAUGUAGUUAUUGCAUACAGCUUUGUGAAAGCUGAGGAACGAAGGAAGGUCCUUGUUGUAGAAUUAGAAACUGCUAAGUCUGCUGUAGCACAUUGCAAUGAAAUGUCAAUAGAGAUUAACGAGUCUAUUGUUGAAGUUAAGUCAGCUAUUAAGGAUAUUCGAAAACAACGAGAGGAUGAGGAACAUGAUGGGCCAUUAGGAGAUUUGGAGAAAAAGUCAGAUCUUACAACGAAAGCAUUGGCUCUAGCUGAGUCAACUCUUAAACAUACACAGACACAAAUAGCAAGUGAACAGAAAAGUUAUGCUGAGUUGCAAAAGUCCUUGAAAGAUGAUGAAGAUUUGAUUUCAAAAAGGAGGACGGAGGCUGCAGAAUGUCAAAAGUUAUGUGAUUCCUUAAAGCAGAAACUCAUUGAUGCUCAACAAACAUUGGCUAAUUCACAGAAGCACUUUCAAGCUGUCUCUUCUGGUCUUUCUGGCUCUUCUGACGGCCAGGCUGAAAGUUUAUCAGCUCAAAAGAUUGCUAAGGAAAAUGAAGUAGCUUCUGUUCAGACUACGGUAAAGCAGUCAGAAAUGAGGCUGCAGAAUUUGAAGACUCAGCUCAAGGAUCAAGAAAAGGCAUUCAAGAGUGGUAGCAAAAGUUAUGCUAGUGAUAAAGCAGCUUAUGAAUCUGUCAAGAAGGAAAUUGCUAAACUGGAAGCUUCUAUAAGCAGGUUAAAUUAUAGUGAAGGACAGUAUGAAGAUAUGACACAACAAAGGGAAAUUUUGAAGCAAGAAAUAUCUGAAAUAAAAAGGAAGAUUGGUGUUCUUGGAUCAAAGUUUCCACAUCUUCAGUUUGAGUACUCAAAUCCUUCCUCUACAUUUGAUAGAAGUACAGUAAAAGGGCCUAUUGCAAAAUUAUUGAAAAUGAAGGAUGAAACUGCUGCCACAGCACUUGAAGUCACAGCUGGUGGAAAGUUGUUUCAUAUUGUGGUGUCAAGCGAAGAGAUUGGUAAACAGUUGUUGCAGCAUGGACGUCUGAAGCGACGAUUUACUAUAAUUCCACUGAAUAAGAUUGUUGCUAGAAAGAUUGCAAAUGAUGUUGUUAAGAGAGCACAGCAACUAGUAGGUCCUGAGAAGGCAAAACCAGCUUUAUCAUUGAUUGACUAUGAUGCUGAACUUCAAGCUGCAAUGGAAUUUGUAUUUGGUACAACUUUUAUUUGUGAAACACUGGAUGACGCUCAACAGGUCACUUUCAAUAAAAAGAUAUUAACGCGCUCUGUAGCUUUAGCUGGUGACGUAUUUGAUCCAUCAGGAACCCUUACUGGAGGAUCUCGUCCUCAUGUAUCUUCUCUAUUGGUGAAGCUACAAGAACUAGCUGAAUGUGAAGAACAACUGGAAAUGAAAAGUUCUGAAUUAGAUAAGCUUAACAGUAGGAUAAGUGAAGUAGAAAUUACUUCAAAAAAAUAUGUUGAGUUGAAGGAUGAAUUAGAUAAACAGUCUCAUGAAGCUGAAGUGUUGUGGGCUCAAUUGGAACAAAGCUCUCAUCACCAACAGUUAAUGCAAUGUGAACAGUUAAAGGAGUCUAUCAAAUCGCAAGAGUCUGUAUUAGCUGUUGCAUUAGAAUCUGAAAUAUCACUUAAAACACAAUUGAAAGAAUUAGAGCAUAAAAUUAAGAAUUCAAAGAGCCUUCAAAAGAAAGAAAUUGAAGAAGCCGAGAAUAAAUUAUCAGGAGCUAAAGAAGAAGCCGAUAAGGCUGCUCAAGAAGCUAGCAAGAGUGAACAGGAAUUGGAAGGACUUCAAUUGGAAAUUAGUGAACUUGAAUCUAGUGUUAAUAAUCAGAAAGCUCAGAUCGAGAAGAUGUCAAAAGUUUUGAAUGAUAUGAAAUCUUUACUAUCAGAAAAUGAAGCAUCUCUUCAAGCAGCAAUGACUGAGAUGGAAGAAGCAGCUAAGGAACUGGCACAGUUUAAAGAAAUCCUUAAUGAGAGAAACAAGGAACUACAGCAACAGGAAAAGAAAUUGAAAGACCUUGAGGCAAAGAAGUCAGAAUUGGCCAUUAAGCUUAAGGAGAAUGAACACAAAGUAUCAAGCUGUGUUAGGGAUGGUAAAGAUGCUGAACGAGAGGUUGAAACCUUACUAGAGAAACAUGAUUGGAUUGCCUCAGACAGACAGUUUUUUGGUGAACCCAAUACUGGCUAUGAUUUUAAGAAAACUGAUCCUAAAGAAGCUGAAAAAAAGAUAGCAAAGCUUCAACAACAAAAGGAAAAGCUGAGCAAGAAUGUAAAUAUGAGAGCAAUGAACAUGUUGGGCAAAGCAGAAGAAAAGUACAAUGAUUUGAUGAAGAAAAAGAAGAUAGUUGAGAAUGACAAGGCGAAGAUUGCAGAACUCAUACAAGAGUUAGAUCAGAAGAAGAACGAAGCACUACAAACAGCCUGGAGUAGAGUUAAUCGGGAUUUUGGUAGUAUAUUCUCCACUCUUCUUCCUGGUUCCUCAGCUAAACUGUCUCCACCUCAAGGACUUACUGUAUUAGAUGGUUUAGAAGUGAAAGUUGCAUUUGGAGAUGUCUGGAAAGAAAGUUUAACUGAACUCUCUGGUGGUCAGAGGUCAUUGGUAGCUCUGUCUUUAAUAUUAUCAUUGCUACUUUUCAAACCAGCUCCUCUUUAUAUUCUUGAUGAAGUUGAUGCUGCUCUAGAUUUAUCUCAUACUCAGAACAUUGGUCAAAUGCUUCGUACCCAUUUUCAUCAUUCACAAUUUAUUGUUGUUUCUCUAAAGAAUGGAAUGUUUAAUAAUGCAAAUGUCCUAUUUAAAACAAAGUUUGUUGAUGGUGUUUCAACUGUUACCAGAUAUUCCACUCCAAAUGCUCACUAGAACCAAAUGCUCACUAGAAGAAACUCUCAUGCAUGAUUCUCAUUACCUUAUCUGAUUUAUUAUACAAUUAUACAUGUUUUUUCUCAUUAAUUUCAUGCUGAUAAAGGAAUUCAUAGUUUGUAUUUCAACUGUAAA